AUGGCAGCCAAUACUAAGGAAAUAAAUACCAAUGACUCCCCGGCUGGCGGAAAGUAUGACGAUUAUGAUAUGGAAGAUAUGAUAGCACGAGAAAAAGCUGUGAUACGCAAAAUUGACUGGAGAUUGAUUCCUUCACUCUCAGCUUUAUACACUGUCGCCAUUAUUGAUCGUGGAAAUAUUUCAAAUGCCCGAAUCGCUGGGAUGGAGGAGGAUUUGCAGCUUAAUAUUGGAAAUAGGUUUUCCGUCGCUUUACUUGUUUUCUUCAUUCCAUACUUACUUUUUGAGCUACCCUCGAAUAUUAUUUUACGACAAGUUGGGGGUGCUAACUGGCUGUGUUUUCUUGCAUUUUGCUGGGGAGCAUUUAUGCUGGGCCAGGGAUUCAUCACGAACUAUCCCUCCUUGGUUGUCUUUCGAUUAAUCCUCGGACUAUUCGAAGCCGGCUUCUUUCCUGGGUGUGUGUACCUGAUUUCAUGCUGGUACCAGAGAUAUGAAGUCCAAAAGCGAUUGGCUGCUUUCUAUCUGUCAUCAGUACUUCUCGGCGCUUUUGGUGGCAUCCUGGCCUUUGGAUUGAUGCAAAUGGAAGGCAUUCGGGGUCAUCGGGGAUGGAGAUGGAUUUUCAUCGUUGAGGGUGCAUUGACUUUAGUCAUUGCCAUUAUUUCCUGGUUUUAUGUCCCAGCAUUUCCUCAUGAUGCUCAAAAGGACGGUUUUCUUAAUGAGCAAGAAGCAAAGCUGGUGCGAGAUAGAAUUGACAGAGACCGACAAGAUGCUUCUCCAGAUAGCCUUACCAUGGAAAAAGUCAUACGAUGUUUGUGUGAUGUGAAAAUAUGGAUGUUCUCUUUAAUGCUCACAUCCACUGCAGUGCCUAUCUUCGGCCUAUACUACUUCUCUCCUGUCAUCAUAAAAGGCAUGGGAUAUUCUGCUAGUGUUGCAAACCUUCUUACAACAGGACCCUACUGUUUUGCUGUUGCGAGCGCCUAUUUCUUCUCUUGGCUAGGUGAUAAAUGGCGUAUUCGAGGCCCUUUUAUUGUUAUUCAAGCCAUAAUCACCAUUGUCGGCCUCAUGCUAGUUGCCUAUCACCCUCACCAUGGUGUCCGUUUCUUCGGUUUGUUUCUUGGAAUAGCCGGGUGUCAGGGCAAUGUACCAACAUUGCUAGCUUACCAGUCUAACAAUAUCAGAAUGCAAUCAAAGCGAGCAGUAGCAAGUGCUGUCCAACUCGGAUUUGGGGCGGGUGGAGGGAUUAUUGCAUCGACAAUAUUUCGGCAGGCAGAUGCGCCUGCAUAUGUACCCGGACUAUGGACUACAGCUGGUCUUCAGUUCUUGCUCAUUGGCGUAUUCUGUGUGACAGAAUAUUAUUUGUGGAAGAAAAAUAAAGAGGUUGAUGAAGGCAAGGCGACUAUGCCAAUCGAGGGGCUGGAAGGGUUUCGAUACACUCUGUGA